AUGCCCGCUACCUUCGUUCCAUACCAUCCUUCGCGCCCGCCUUCACGAGCCGUCUCGAUCGUCGACGGAGCACCCAACCUCCCACCUCCCUCAGAUGCGCCGCCAUUCUACUACGACCGCCCUUCGUCCCGCUCUUCCCAACACUCUCCCUCGCGUUCGUGGUCGCCGACACGCACCUCUCUCGACUAUACCAUCCCGCCCUCAUAUAACGCCCCAUACGAACCCGCCGAUAUCAAUGGCAGUCCGAGACCUGGCUCGCCUUCUAGUAAAUAUGGCGGCAGCUCGAAAAGACCCCUGCCCCCAGCCCCACUGUUCGCCGGGGUACGCUCGAAUUCAUCCGAUGGCGACAAGGAUCUUUCAGACAUGACAGCCAUACCGAUCGGUGACGACGAUGAUCCCUUCACCGACGACGAGCGCCCGGACCUUCUCAAAACCGACUCGUUCGUUUCUGAUUCAAGCUACAACGAAGACGACUAUGACGAGAAGGGCAACUAUGAGCCUGCUCCAGAUGGAAAGCAAGAACGCCGUGGCGCAAGACCUGCAAUCAUGUCUAGGAAGGAGGUCAAACUCAUCAACGGAGAACUGAUCCUGGAGUGCAAGAUUCCCACCAUUUUGUACUCUUUCCUGCCCCGCCGCGAUGAUAUUGAGUUUACUCAUAUGCGUUACACGGCCGUCACAUGCGACCCCAACGAAUUUGUCGAGCGUGGCUACAAGCUCCGUCAGCAGAUUGGAAACACAACCCGCGAGACCGAGCUGCUUAUCUGUAUCACCAUGUACAACGAGAACGAACUCGACUUCACCCGCACCAUGCACGGUGUCAUGCGCAAUGUCGCCCACUUCUGCAGCAGACAAAAGUCCAGAACUUGGGGCAAAGACGGAUGGAAGAAGAUUGUCGUAUGUAUCAUUGCUGACGGUCGCAAGAAGGUUCAUCCUCGAACACUCGAUGCUCUUGCUGCCAUGGGCGUGUACCAAGAUGGCAUUGCGAAGAACUCUGUGAAUCAACGCGAAGUCACCGGCCACGUUUACGAGUAUACCACACAAGUAUCUCUCGAUCCCGAUCUCAAGUUUAAGGGUGCUGAGAAGGGCAUUGUGCCUUGCCAAAUGAUCUUUUGCAUGAAGGAGAAGAACGCGAAGAAGCUCAACAGUCAUCGGUGGUUCUUCAACGCGUUCGGACAGGCAUUGAAGCCCAACGUCUGCAUCUUGCUCGAUGUUGGUACGAGACCAGGGGACACUUCGCUGUAUCACCUCUGGAAGGCAUUUGACAAUGAUUCGAAUGUCGCAGGUGCAGCUGGCGAAAUCAAAGCCGGCAAGGGAAAGAACUGGCUUGGCUUGUUCAACCCACUCGUGGCAUCUCAAAACUUCGAGUACAAGAUGUCCAACAUUCUGGACAAGCCGCUUGAAUCCGUCUUUGGUUAUAUCACUGUCCUGCCUGGAGCCUUGAGUGCUUACCGGUUCCACGCCCUCCAAAACGACGAGACUGGACACGGGCCUCUCAGCCAAUAUUUCAAGGGCGAGACGCUACACGGUCAGGAUGCAGACGUUUUCACCGCCAACAUGUAUCUCGCAGAAGAUCGUAUCCUCUGUUGGGAAUUGGUCGCGAAACGCAAUGAAUCGUGGGUGCUGAAGUAUGUCAGACAAGCCACUGGUGAAACCGAUGUACCUGACGCCGUUCCAGAGUUCAUCUCUCAACGCCGCAGAUGGCUGAAUGGUGCAUUCUUUGCAGCAGUAUAUUCCCUUCUACACUUCAAGCAGAUCUGGUUCACGUCGCAUUCACCUAUUAGAAAGGCCCUCCUCCACAUUGAGUUCAUCUAUCAGUUUAUUCAGCUUACCUUCACAUGGUUCUCGCUUGGCAAUUUCUACCUGACAUUCUACUUUGUUGCUGGUUCUCUCUCGGAUCCGAAAAUCGACCCUACUGGAGGAAAAGUCAAUCUCUGCAAAUAUGUGUUCACCAUUCUGCGAUAUGCUUGCAUUCUGACCAUCGCAAUGAACUUCAUCUUGAGCAUGGGCAAUCGACCGCAGGGGUCGAAAAAGAUGUUCUUCGGCUCGAUGAUCGUCUACGGAAUAAUUAUGGCUUACACCACCUUUGCUUCUAUCUGGAUCGUGGUGAAAGAGUUUAGCGGAGGCAAAAUGGAGCUUGGUAACAACCUCUUUACCAACUUCAUUGUCAGCACUCUCAGCACGAUUGGACUUUACUUCCUGAUGUCCUUCCUCUAUCUGGAUCCUUGGCACAUGUUUACAAGUUCCGCUCAAUACUUUGGCAUGCUCCCCAGCUACAUCUGCACUCUGCAGAUCUUCGCUUUCUGCAAUGCGCACGAUAUCUCCUGGGGCACCAAGGGCGAUAAUACCGUCAGCACCGACUUGGGUGCUGCUAAAGCCUCAAAGGGCGGCACUGUCGAGCUUGAGAUGCCGAGCGAACAGCUCGAUAUUGAUAGUGGAUACGACACCGCUCUCCGCAAUCUUCGUGAUCGCGUCGAAGUUCUUGAACCGCCUCCAAGUGCAGCGCAACAGCAGGAGGACUACUACCGUGGAGUCAGAACGUACAUGGUGACGAUUUGGAUGUCCACUAAUGCUAUUCUGGCCAUGGCUGUCAGCGGAGCAUAUGGUGAGACCGGUAUAUCCAACAACGUCUACCUCAAGUUCAUCUUGUGGGCCGUCGCUGUUCUAGCCUUGUUCCGUGCCAUUGGCUCCUCAACUUUCCUCUUCAUCAACGCGGUCCAUUCGAUCCUGGAAGGCAAGCUGAAGUUUAGCGAUCGCAGCUCUACGGGUAGUAAGACUACCUCGAGAAAACGAUAUGGCUGGCGCAGCAAGAUCCCAUCCUUCAGCUUCCUCGAUGGGAGUGGCACGUGGAUCAGCGAUAAAGCUGGGGACGCGACUGUGGGAGUGAAACGAAUUUUCCGCAAAUGA